AUGAUACGAUCUAAAAGACGUUAUGCUUACGUCAAGUCGUUGAAGAUCGGUACUAGUGGUUAUUCAGAUUUUAAGAACUCAGUGUUUAUGGAUGUGAACGAACAGGUGAAGCAAGCUUGUGACAUGAUCGCUGAUGACCCAAAUCUUCGACGGGGCUACCAUGCGGUUGGGUUCUCACAGGGUGGGCAGUUUUUGAGAGCAGUUGCACAAAGAUGCCCAAGCCCUCCAAUGUUCAACUUGAUAACCCUUGGAUCACAACACCAAGGAUACUAUGGUUUGAGGAAAGGUUUCUUAUCCCUACCGGGCAUUGUUUUAAAUAAACACUUAUACUGGGAUUAUAUUCGAAAAAAGAGCAUUGUCGUGAACCAAAAUUGGCAUGACCCGAUGACCCAUGACAAGUACGUUGAGGAAAACACAUUCAUCGCAGACAUAAACAAUGAAAAGACGUUGAAUGCCGAAUACAGGACGAACCUACUCAAGCUUAAACACUUAGUGCUUGUUAAAUUUGCUCGAGAUAAUGCGGUGGUGCCACGAGAAUCUUCUUGGUUUGGAUUUUACACGAAGGGGCAAGAUAAGGAAAUAACUGACAUGUUUCAAUCGGAACUGUACAAGGAGGAUAGAAUCGGACUGCAAGAGUUGUAUAAAAGCGGGAGGCUUCAUACAAUCCUGUGUCCAGAGGGGCAUCUUCAGUUUGGACGGAACUGGUUUGUAGAUAAUAUUGUAGAACCAUGGUUGACUCAGACAUACUGGGACGAAACACCACAGAUGGUAUGA